UUUCACUCAUUUUUGGUUUUGGUGUUAAGGAAUAGUCUCAUAUAAGGUUGGUUUGAGAUCCGUCCCAACACGACAUGAAUAACUUAUCAGAGGUGGUAAACACAGCUAGGAAAGCUUUCAACCGAGAAGUCACCAAGCCCCUGGAUUUUCGAGUAAAGCAACUGAAAGCCUUUCAUCAGCUGUUGGAAGAAAAUGGCAGUGAAUUAGUGUCCGCGCUGCAAAAAGAUUUGAAAAAGCCUUAUCCAGAAGCUCUUUUAGCUGAAGUAGAAUCUACAAAGAAUCAGAUCAAAGGAGCUUUGUUCGACGUUCAUAAAUGGGUGCAACCAGAAACAACCGAGACGAAUAUCAUCUUGUUAUUCGACAAGACGUACAUCUUCCCACAACCUUACGGUGUCGUCCUCAUCAUCGGCGCGUGGAACUAUCCAUUCUUGUUGGUGGCUGUCCCUCUACUCGGAGCCAUUGCCGCUGGAAAUUGCGUCAUCAUCAAACCUUCCGAAAAAGCACCGGCCACUGCAAAAGCGCUCUCCAGUCUCAUCCCACAAUAUUUGGAUAAGGACUGCUUUCAUGUCGUAACUGGAGGAGUUCCAGAGACAACAGCUCUUUUGAACGAAAGGUUCGAUUACAUAUUCUACACAGGUUCUCCCGCUGUUGGGAAAAAGAUUCGAGAAGCGUCAAACAAAUACCUCACACCAUGCACACUAGAAUUAGGAGGCAAAUGUCCUGUGUACAUAGACGAUGAAGUGGACAUCGAACUGGCCGCAAAACGAAUCAUAUGGGGGAAAAUGCUCAAUUUGGGUCAGACCUGUGUCGCUCCCGACUACAUUCUUUGCUCGAAAAAGACCGAGGAACGAUUCAUCGAACUUGCGAAGAAAGUUCUGCUUGAAUUCUUCGGAGCCGAACCCGAAAAUUCCCCGGACUUGUCCAGGAUAGUAAACGAAGAGCAUUUCGAGCGAAUCAUCAAGUUCCUAAAUUGUGGAAAAAUUGCCGUAGGAGGCGAUUAUGAUCCCAAAGAAAAAUACAUCGCGCCAACAAUUCUAACAGACAUCAAAGAGAGUGAUUCCGUCAUGCAGGAAGAGAUAUUUGGUCCCGUUUUGCCGAUUCUCCGAGCCACCACGCCAGAUGAAGCCAUCAAGUUCAUCAACAAGAGGGAGAAACCACUAACUCUGUAUCUGUUCUCGUCAAAUAAAAAUGUACUCGAUCAAUUCCUGAUGUCCACGUCGAGUGGAAGUAUGUGCGUCAACGACACCGUGGUUCAUCUUUCAGUGGACUCACUUCCUUUCGGAGGCGUCGGAAUGAGUGGUAUGGGGACAUACCACGGAAAAUAUUCCUUUGACACCUUCUCCCACAAGAGGUCCGUCUUGGUGAGAUCGCUCAAUGCCAUAGGAGAAUAUCUUGGGAAGGCCCGGUAUCCUCCGUACAGCAAUGCCAAGACGAGACUUCUGAAGAAGUUCCUAGUGAAGCGACCCAACCUCAUACCACCCUAUUUGUCUGAGUUGCUCAUCUUCGUCUUCGGCAUGCUGACCGCCUUGACUGUCAAGGAAAUCUUCGCGAUAGUUCCCAACGAAACCCUGCCAAGGCCCUUGUGAUGUCAGAGACGGACCCUUUUCUUAUUGGAGGGCCCUUCCAAAUCAUCUUUGGUCCCCACGCCUCCAAGACCAUCCUUUGCGGUACACUUCAAAAAGUUGGCUUCUAUAUAAAGGACGUCGUCGCAGAUGACGACACUUUAUUUCUUUCCACAAAAUGUCACUUGUAUAUUGACGAAUCCGAAUGUAUAACAUACGGCAAAGUCAGUUGGUACAUUAUAAGGGCGGGGGCCGGGUGUAUAGGGCUCGUCAUGUUUCGGGCUAUGUUCAGCCCCUAUGGACACCUUAUAUCAAGUAAGUCGAGUCCUUUUCCAAGUAAGUCCGCAUUUUUGUUGAAGUGUUGUUCAUACGCGUAAUGCAUCUAGUUUUGAAAUAUUUAUGUUCUUGAGAUGCAUCUGUUGAUGUAUUUAGACAGAAAAUGUCACCAUGUUGUAUAGUUUAUAUUGAAGUACAAUUGUAUAUGUGUUGGUCUACUUUGAGGACGAUGACCUUAGAUUUUCCGCUCUAGGACACCUUGCGUUUGGAACAGCAUCUUAACUGAACCGCAUAAUAUAAACGUAAUUCUUCAUUUAUCAAAAUGAAAUUCACACCUUAAGGUUUUCCCUUGUUAAAGUUGUUCAUGAUUGUGUUCUAGUUUGUGUCUUGUGUACUGCUGCGGCUAUAUUUUGAAGUUAAAAAAAAAACUGAAAUAAAGCGUCAAAGCUUUCAACAGGCAAAUCGAAUGGACAUUUUGUGUAUUUUUUGAGUGAGAAUUACUUAAAAUUGAAAUUUUCGUAAACGAAAUUUGUCUUUCAGAUAUCUUGUUAAAUUUAUUUACAAGCAUAAGUUACACAAGUCGUUUUUUAUUUUUUUAGUGAUUACGUACUGCAAUGUGUAACACUUCUUUUAAAAUCAAAUUUCCAUUCGAAACAUUCUUGAAUUGAAGUAACGUCGUCACAUAGAGUUUCUAAUUUCAAUACAAAAAAGUGUAAAUUUCCCUUGAAACUUGUAAUUGAACAUUUUAAAUUUUUCUUCGACGCAUUUUCUGCAAAAAUAUUUUUAAAAUUUUCUACCUAAAUAUUUUGAUGAAAAAUAUUACUUCUGAACCUACCACAAACGUAUGUGAUCAAAUUUAUGUAAAGUCAAAAGUUGUUCAAUUUGAUCAGUAUUUUACUUUUCAUGAGAAACACGGAUGCGUAAUUUCGUACAGGGAUGUAAUGUAAAUAUGUUUGAAGAAGUUUUUGUGUUGUUCUUUGCAUAGAAUAUGUAUAUUUUAAAAAGUUUUCGAUGUUAUGAAAUUUCUGUAUUUAAUUAGUGUUUGAAUAAAAUCUAUUU